AUCUUUCAGCCCCCCUAUCAGUAAUUGCACCACCACGUUCUUCCCUUUCACUCGCCGCCAUUAUGAGUACUUUGCGACUACAGAAGCGGCUGGCAGCCAGUGUCCUUAAAUGCGGAAAAAAGAAGAUUUGGCUAGAUCCUAAUGAGACCAAUGAAAUUGCCAAUGCCAACUCACGUCAGAAUGUUCGUAAACUUGUCAAAGAUGGUUUAAUCAUCAAGAAGCCUCAGAUCAUCCAUAGCCGUGCUCGUGUUCGUAAGGCAGAUGAAGCAAGAAAGAAGGGACGGCACAGCGGCUAUGGUAAAAGGAAGGGUACUGCAAAUGCUCGUAUGCCUGAGAAAGUCAUCUGGAUGAGACGUAUGCGAGUGCUCAGAAGGUUGCUUCGAAAAUACAGAGAGGCAAAGAAGAUCGACAACCACAUGUACCAUACCCUGUACAUGAAGGCCAAGGGUAAUGUGUUUAAGAACAAGAGAGUCUUGAUGGAAUACAUACAUAGGAAGAAGGCUGAGAAGCAACGUGCCAAACUUCUAAGUGACCAAGCCGAGGCUCGCCGACAGAAGAACAGAGCAGCCAAACAAAGGCGAGACGAACGUCUGGAACAGAAACGCAAGGAAAUGAUCCAGCAAAUUGCAAAAGAAGAGGAGGCAGCAAAAUAAAUACAAAUAAACGUUCAAUUUGUUUGAAUAAAACUUCUUUUGUAAGGGCAA